AUGUAAGAUGUUAUGUAAUUAAUGGUCCUUAAACUCCUAAUUUAAGAUAUCAUUUAUUUAUAUGUAUGAUAAUUUUAUCAUACAUUAGGCUUUUUUUGUUCAACCUUAUUGUGCAGAGUUCUUUUCUUAUUGCAAUUACAAUGGUGAAUCUUUUGUUAUUUGUAAUAAUAAUCCAGAUUUAUUAUAACGUGGAUGGACGAAAUCAGUCAAAUCCUUAAUGAAUUUCACUUAAAAGAAAUUAUAUCUUUUUAAUUAGAUUAAUUAUUAGGGUUAGGAAUAAAAAAUUAUACAAAAUUAACAAUGUAUGGAAUCUCAAUCUAUAAUAUCUGUUAAAUUAUAGUCUUUAACUUCUGCAAUAAAAGUAAUAUUUAUCAAUUCCAAUUUAAACAACAAUAAUUCCAAAUAUGUGUAUUUUUAUAGCUAAUGCAAUUAUUAAGGCACUGUUUUAUUAAAUUAAACAGUGAUAGUAAUUAGACCGAUCAAACAAGAUUCCUUUUGA